CUCUCUUUUCCUCCUUCUGUUUCUCUCCUCUCCUCCUCCGUUCCACUCUGCUCCUGCCAGGAAGAUGAUGGUGAUGAUGAUAAUGAUGUGACACUGUGGCCAGCCAAUGAGCAAGCAAGGAGGGAGUGGAAGGGGUGUGUUCAGAGGCUGAGCUUGCAUCUGAUCGAUGCUGAGGAGACUGAGGAGAAAGACGGGGAAGAGAGGGAGGUAGAGGAGGGUGGGGGAGGCCUUGUCCGAGCUGAGAAGCGGCAACACUGGCAUAAUAAAAGAGGAGAAGAGGAGGAGGAGGAAGAGGAGGAGGCACGGAGGAAGCUGUUGCCUGUCAAAGGGGAAUCAACCUGUGCUGUCAUGGACAAAUAUCGACCAAAGAGACCAACCACCCUGGCUCUGUUCCCACAGCUGCCACAAGCCGGCACCCAGGACUCCAUCAACAACAACUCUUUAGGCAAGAAGGACAGCUGGAAGGACUCCCGCUCCUCCUCCCCACAUAUUACAGGGGAUAUAGCACCAGCAGAUAUCCAACCAAAAGCAGAGGACAAAGUUCGGCACAACACGCGCCGCCCGGCACCAAAACCACCCACAGCCAAUGGAGCAAACAGCAGAGCCAACACUCAGGCUGCUGCCACCACCGCAGAUCGCGCUCGACUGCGGGAAAGACAAGUGUCAGGGGCCAUGCACACGCAGUCCUCGGGCACACCAAGGACACCAAGGAGUCAAAGGAGAGGAGGAGGAAGAGGAGCGCCGGCGAUGAGAGAGAGGGCCCUGGGGGACAUCAGAGGAAAGGAUGGCAUGACUGCAGGGAAGGAAGAGAGAAGAGGAGGAAGACUGUGUGAGGAGUCCAAGGGGAAGGAGAAGGAGAAAAAUACACAUCAAAGGCAAAGAGAAACAAAUGGACUGAAAAGCCGGGGGUCUGAUGGGAAAGGGAAAGUAGGUGCCAAAGGGGUUAACAGAGGAGGGGCAUUCAAGCCAAAUAACAUACUAUCUAACCAGGAAGUUUAUCUGCCAGCCAUGGUGGUCCCACGCACGCCUGUAGCACCAAGAAACCAGGACAAGACCCAAGACCAAGGCCAAAACCAUGACAGGACCCAAGACAACCCCACUAUCCUCUCCCGGUCCAGCAGCGAGGGGGGGUCAAACAGAAUGUCACUAAGCUCAGACACAGAGGCCCCCCCACCAGGGCCCCUGCAUCCCUCUCUAUCCCACCGAACCAACCCUGACAUUAGAGAAGAAGAGGGGGAGGGAACUCCGACUCCCUCUGUGAACGUCCAGAACGGUCCAACCCACUGCCUUGCAGGUAAUGAAAAAACAGAGAUGGACUCUACUAAGUCAAAGGUCCAUGCAGGGGGAGAAAAAGGUGACAAUAACAUUGAGGUGAAUAGCACCGACUCUGUCACUCAGGGAGAUCGUGCGGCUGCUCAGACUGUACCAAAGAGUGAAGCUACAGCAGGGUUAAAUUAUGACUCUGUUAAGUACACUCUGGUGGUCGAUGAACACGCUCAAUUGGAGUUGGUCAGCCUCAAGGACUGCUUGCACGGUUACAACGAGCACAAUGAUGACAGCGAUGCAGAGACGGUCUAUCAGUCAGCCAAUGAGGAGGAAGACCCAGAGUAUGAGGAGGAGAGAAAGGGGAGAGAGGAAGCAAGGAAACAAGAGAGGAGGAAAGAGGAGGAAAAGAGAAGAAAGGAGGAGGAUGAGAAGAAGAAAAGGAGGGAAGAGGAUGUGAAGAGGAGGAGAGAGGAGGAGGUGAAGAGGAGGAGGGAAGUUGUGGCAAGGAUCUGCAAGCAGUCCAAGGUAACAUCAACCACAACUUCAGAGGAAGAGGAGUCUAACGGAGGAAGGGCCAGAACUUCCAGAAGUAAGAAGUUCCUCAACCUGUUUUCCAACAACAGCAGUCAUUACAGCACCACUGGUGCUGGGUCAUUUGGUGUGUUCUCCUGUGUUUUGGAUGGAGUGGAGAGACAACAGAGCCACAGAGCUGCCUACAGGUUUGUCCCUCGUCAUGCAGAUGAGCUUUACCUAGAGACAGAUGACCCAGUGUUAAUACUGAACCAGUCUGAAGACCUGUGGUGUCAGGGCUACAACAUGAGGACUGGAGUGACCGGCAUCUUCCCUGCCUUCUACGCUGUCAGGGUGGCCAAAGAAUAUAACCAAGUCCAGAAAGAUGGCUGGAUAGAGCAGUUCCAUGGGCGGUUCCUGGGUUCAGUACAGGUCCCGAUCCACAAGGGCAACGACAUGCUUUGUGCUGCAAUGCAGAAGGUGGCGUGUAACAGGCGGUUAGCAGGUCAGCCUCCUUCAACCUGUGUGCUGGAGGUCAGUGUGAAAGGUGUGAAGAUCAGUGUCCAAGACCAGUGUCACUCUGCUCAUAGGGGGGACCAGUGUUUCCAUUUCUUCCAGUUGAAGAACAUCUCAUUCUGUGGCUGUCAUCCAAAACACAGCAAGUAUUUUGGUAUCAUCACCAAACACCCUGACCAAGAGCGCUUUGCCUGUCAUGUGAUGAUGUCAGAGACAACACUACAUCCUCUGGCUGAGUCUGUAGGGAGGGCAUUCCAGCAGUAUUACAAGGAACACAUUGGCUACUCCUGUCCCACUGAAGACAUCUUCAUUGAAUAACACCUCUCCCGCAUCCACACUAUGUACUGAAUACUCACUAUGUGCAUGUAAGCCUGGUCUUACACAGCGAACUGGACCACUGAUUUAUCUUUGUCAGAGUACUUGCAUGGUGGAUUUCCUUUCUUACCUGCAUCCAGUGAUACAGCGAGCUUUCCCUUUCCUUUGGCCAUGUGCCAAUAUUAAUACCUCUAUGGAUGGAUAGGAUCACAUGAAAUGUUCCAUACACUGGGAACAAAUGUAACUUACCCAAAUUCAAAUACAAAUAUCUGAUAUUGAUAUAUUUUAUGGGUUAAAAUUACUUGUAUGUAACUACACGUAGAUAUUGGCUGUAAAACCAUAUAAACAGCCUUCAGGACUAUGAAGUUAAUUUAAGGACAGAAUGUUUAUAUCAUCCAUUUUUUUAAACUUGCAACCAGUGCUGAAAUAAAUAUCAUUUACCAGUGACAGUUUUGGUAAUUAAUUAACCAUUUGAGUCAUGUAUCAAAAAACAAGAGUUAUCAGCCAUGUUAGCAGCUCUGUGAGUCUGUUUUUAGGCACAGUAGUACUUUAAGCUACUGUAAAUGCCAAUUUCAGCAUGCUAAGACGUGCGCAAUGGCAGUGUUUAGCAGGUCAUGUUUACCAUGUGAGCAGCUAACAUUUGUCAAUUAGCAAUAGAAACACAAAGUACAGCUGAGGCUAAUGGAAAUGUCGUUAGCUUGCAGGUAUCUGGCCAUAAACCAAACUAGAUCAGGAUCACCAAAGUUGUUACAAUUUUUCCUGUGGGGAACAUGAAUGUCUGUAAAAGAUUUCAUGUAAGCCUAUCUAAUUUUUGUCAAGAUAUUUGAGUCUGGAAAAAAUGUUGGACCAACUGUAUGACACUGACAUAUGGAAAGCCACGCUAUACAGAUAACAAUGAAAACGCUGAACACUUAUUAGUUGCAGUUUUUAAAAUCAGAGGAUAUGCUAUUUUUCUCUUUCAUAUAAUUGGAAAUUGCAUUUUUUGGACUCUUGGUCAGACAAGUUAAACAAUUUAAAGACAUCACAUUAGGCUCUGGGAACUUGAUGAUAUGCCUUUGUCAUUAUUUUUGACAUUUCAUAAACUAACUGAUUUGUCAGUAAAGUAAAAAAACUAAACAAAUUCAAUUCAAAAAAAGGUUCCUUGCAACAAUACUUAAAUCUUUGAUUUGUUGUCAUAUUUGAUGUCACGGCAUGAUGAAUGCACUUAAAUGAAAAUAAUCUAUAUGUGCUUGAGUUCUAGUUUUUACUUCAUCAUAGCUCAUUUUUACUUGUAGCGACUGGUUUGUACUCAUAUUGAUGGUCACGUGGUUAAACGUUAAGCACACUAAAUACAUUUGAAAAAAGUUCUCAAUCUUUAAUUUCAGUUUGUAAAAACUAUAACCAGUAUGUUGAGUAAAAGGAAAAUUUUGCUAGAAGUCUUGCAUAUUUUGAAAUUAAAUUUUGUAUUCUAGGUAGUAGGAAAAGUGGCAAAACCUGGCAAGUUGUGUAAGAUUUGUAUUUAAUAUAUCUAUUUUACCUGGCUAAAUGAUUAAGUGGGAGUGCAAUGGAGAAGAGCAUCUCCCUUACUUAAACAUAAUGAAGAAAAUGAAAUUCUAAAGUUGAAUAUACAUAGGUCAGCCAUGUUAGUGAUCAUGAGCAGUGUGCUUACUUGAGUAAGCAAGUAGCCACUGGGUGUUAAAGUCAACAAACUAGAAUUCCAGUUACAGAUAUUUUCAGCGAGUAUUGCAGCUUGAGUUUGAACUUCAGUGUCAAAUAAUGUCAAAACAGUUUCAGGUGAGACAGGAAUUUCAAUUUUACAGGUGUCGCUUCAUACACUGGCCUGGAAUCAAACCAAACCAAACCAGGUCAACAGCCUGAAAGGCAGCUAUGCUUACCACAAACAUACUUAUGAUAUGAGAUUCUAAGAACAAAGCAAAACUGCAUGUUUAUAAUAAGAGGGUAAAUAUUCUGUCUUUAAAUUAGCUUCAUCCUUGACUCUACAGUAAAGAAGGGCUUCUUAUUAGCAACAAUUUCCCACAACCGUUUAAAAGAGUGCUUUAAAAGAACAUCCAAUAAACAAAUGGACCUGCUCUUUAUUCUUUGCACAGAUGAGGACAGACUGAUGUUUCCAAAAUAUAAAAAAGAUAUAUAAAAGAAAGUAUUAUUCUGUAUUGUAUAACCCCCAAACUUGACAAUCUACUAUUGAAGACCUUUGGAGGUGCUGUUUAGGUGCCUAAUUUCUUCAUUUGCUGCUUGAUGUUUCUUUUCUUCCAAAUGUGGUUCCAACUACAAACCCUUUAUGCCGAGCUUCUCUGGUUGAAAGAUUACAUAUUUUUCCUUUAACUCUGUGUAAUAACAAGGCCCAAAUGAUGCUGUGCAAUUUAGUAUGUGUGCAAAAGAACAGACUGGUGGGAUGGUGGAUCAUUGUACAGUCAUGUCUAUGCCUGUCCACAUUACUCGCCUCAGACUUCAUUCGCAUUGCCUGCUCAAAUCUAGGACCAAAGUUGGGGUCAAGUCAGCAUGGAAAUACUUCUAAUAAGGCAGAGGAUUUGUUUCCAGUUUUUCAGCUUAUAUUUUUAAAAGGAAAUACUAAACAUGACUUACCUUCACAAACUGACCCACAAUCUGACUUGGUUAUGUCAACAAAGAGAACUCAUUUCUUGUUUUUGUUCAAUUCCAAGAUUAGCUCCCGACUUAAAGCUGCACCAAUCAACAUGUUUUACAACAUUGGAUCAAAUGACUAUGUACAAUGUAAAAGGAGUCACUCAUGAACACUCAUGAUGAACCAACGUGAAUUAUUACACAACAAUGCAGUUUCCCUCAGCUCUAUGAAGAUUUUUUUAGCCUCUUUUAGCUCAUUGUUUUUCUUUUCCAGCAUGCAAACUACGCUCCUAUCAACUUGGUUUCAAGAAGCAGCAGGCAGCUAUUUUGUACACUUUCAGCCCAGUACUGAACAGCAGACCGACAAAGCUGGUCACUACUGAACAUAAAGGAUCAUUUGGUUGGUUGGUGGAGACCAAAUUAGAGCUAAAAAGAAAUUGAAUAUUCAAUUUACAUGUAUAAGGCCAUCUGAGACAUGACUCAAAAUAAUGCUAAUGUUCUGCGUCUGCCGGAUAUGUAAAGAGACAAAUAUUUGCUAAUAUGCUAGCCUUAUAGCUUUUAUUGUAUGGCAAAGUUGUGUUUUUUUUAACUUGUCCUGCUGACCCCAAAUACUCUAAAAAAAUCAAUUAUUGCAGCUUUAAGAUCCUGGAUGUGAAAAUGUGGACUGGGAUUUCCAGCCAUUUGGAAUACCUCUGCACAAGCGGUUGAACUUUAUAUUAUAAUAGUAUAAACAGAUUUGAGCAAGUCAAUGGAAAUGAAGCCUGAAAUAUUUUGUGUUCGAAAAACAGUGCCUAUUUUUUUUUCUGCCGUAGUGAUGAUGACUGUCCUCUGUAUUAACUGUUGACUUCAGAUGUCUCCAAUCACAGAAUCUAAAUACAUACUGUACAACAGCCAGUCUCAUUCAUGUGAGUAGUCUUGUAGCUGGAUAUGACUUGGUACACCUAGAUGGCUGCCAUGGAAUGUUAAAAAAUUUAACUGGGACCCCAAAGACCUGAUAUUAGGCCAACCAAGGUUUACCUGGUACAUUGAGUUGGUGCUAUCCCUCAGUCAGUCAGUCAUUGCGUUUCAAUGCUGUUUGAGUGAUUACAUAUUUAGUUUAGAACUGGUCAAUAUUACGCCCGUUUUCUAUGGGAAGACGUUAUUCUAAGAUUAUGUUAUGCAACAUUUUGGUGAGAUUUUGCACAUCUAUGUGUGAAUAGAAUUCAUGAAUAGGAUAAUAGUUAACAUUAGUACUAGCCGUAUUAAAGCUAUAGUGCAUAGUUUCUGUCACCCCCAUGAGAAAUUCUAAGUAAUGACAACACCACUGUUGCGUCCACAUGAUACAAGACUUCUGUAGUCACGCACACGCUCCCACCCCUCCUCCACUCAGUUGCUAGUAGCCAAGGAGGACACGGAGAAUUCAAAAAACAUGAUGGACUCUUCAGAAGAGGUAAUUAUUUUCACUCGAGUUUUCCGCGCGGAAAAGUCACCGGACGACACAAUCUUCUGAACAUAGCCAUACUGAGAAAUACAGAGAGAGUUGUGUGAAGCUGAUAGUCUUAAUAAGCUUUGUAUUAACUCAUUUGGCAAUAUCUUCAAUGUAACGGACGAGCUUUAAUAGGUUUAGCUGAGAUUUUUGUGAUGGAGUUUUUGUCCCAUGAUCUUGCUGCUUUUGUAGCCUAGGGAGGAUGGAAAUGCAGGGCGAAAUGCUAAACACCUGAACAUUUUGACAUGAAAAUGGUUAAACAUAAACUGUCUCAGCUGAACCCUUAACAUAGGUCAAACAUUUCUUUUAACUAAAAAUCCCAUUACUUGCCUUUCCGACAGCCAUUGUCUUAAUUGUCACUGAAUUCAUAACAUGUAACAGAAAUGUUAAUGUUGGAUUACACACUUCAGGUUUGAAGUCUUGCUUGAUUUUCAUAGGAGCACACUAAAGUGAAUUAAAAUCAAUGGCACCCUGGAAGAAAAAAAAAAAAUAACCUACAUCCUCAUGUAGUGUAUUAUCCACCACAUUUCCAUGCCAGCCAUCCAAGGUGCACCACAGGAAGUUGUUCUGACCCACCAGAAAGUGUCCUUUCUAUGUAUUCCACUGUUGUGAUUCUAAAAACCAUGGGGAUCUACUGUACAUGACUCAUCAAUAUAGCUUAUAUCCUGUAUAGAUAUUGUAUGUUUGUAUAGAACAUUAUUAUUAUUGUAUGCUGUUGGUUUGAACAAAACCUGGGUGUAACACCGCAUGAUAUCGAUGUUGUUUAAUGAAUACACACAGAAGAUGCACAGAUUGGUGAUAAUGAUGGUGGUUAUUCUUGUCAAUAAAUCACAUUUACAACUGCA